AACCCAUUACGAGCGUUGCAGGAAGUUGGAAACUUGGAAUUUGGAACUUGCAAGCACAGCCACAGCCCAUGGAGAACAUUCCAGAGUCUUCAUCGAGAGGGACGAAACGCCGGCGAGACGAAGAUUCCGAUGCCGGAAACACCUCCUCACUCGAAGACGAUCUUACAUUCACCGACACGCUGGUCGCGCUUCGAAUCAUGCGAGCUCAGUUUCCCCACGUUCACAAGUGGUGUGGUGAUGCUUGUUUCCAGAGUUCGGUUGAGCCUUUUAUAUUGAAGUCACAGUUGUACAGUAUUGUGAAGGACAGAACACAAGUGGAUAGGGAAUUAGAGUCUCUAAGGAGGGACAAAGUACUGCGUGUUUUCAAAUUAAAUACUGGACAAGAUGAUCAUGCCAUAAUGUUUUUGGAUGACUACCUAAACCAGAUAGAUCAUGUUGUGAAAAGAAUGGAAGAAAAAAAAAUAGGGGAAUGUGAGGCUUUUGGGUGGUUCAAGACACAUGUUCUAGAUUCAAAGCUGGAACCUGGCAUCAACCAUCAGGAGCUUUGCUCACUCUUGUCACUUGGAGGAAAGGUGAAGGACAGUCAUAUCUCCCUUCUAAUUAAUGCUGGCAUCCUUACUAGACAACUUAUUGAUCCAAAUAUGUAUUGGUUUGCAAUUCCAAAUAUCGGCUCACUUCUUAAGGGUCUUGUUCAGGGAAGAAAGGAAAUUAUCUCUCUUCUCAGCCGCCAUAGAUAUAAGGAGAUGAUGUUAGCCUCUUUAGAAAAGAAGCGUCUUCGAAUGUCUCCACUUGAUAUAAGAUUUCUUCUUCGUGAUUUGAUUGGUUCUGGUCAUCUCAAAACUGACCAGACUCCAACUGGUUUAAUCAUUAGAGUCUCAAAAGAUUAGAGAUCCAGGAAGGCCUAGAUGGCUAGAUGAUUGCAUUUGUUUGUUAUACAAACAGGCUUGAAAUGAUUUAUCUUCUCAUUUUGCUGUUAAUUUCAAGAGGGAGGUGCUUUGAAUAUGUAAUGGCUUAUAUCACCUCAAAUGGCUGUCUUAUAUGCGAGACAACAAAUAUUUGUGAAAUGAUAACUUGUUUUAUCGUGGUGGAUCAAAAAAACAAGCUUAGGAUAUUUGACAAUCACUUUCAUCAGCCAUCAACACAUACCAAUUGAAGUUGAUGGUAAUCCUUGCUGGCGGCAAUCAUGUGACUAGGUUUUGUGGUUUCACAGCUUUUAUUUCAAAUUUACUUCCAUUGUUGAUUGGUAUGAUGCAUUGUUUACACUAGUAUUUUUCAGAGAAAACAUUAAAGACUCUCCUGUUCGUAAUUUAUAUGUAUCAUUAUUAGCAAUGUAGUAUUUAAAAUACAAGUGAUAUAAACUUAAUUGUCUGUUAUUUAAAGGCAAUCUGUGCGAAGUUCCAUUUAAUAAAAUAUAAUGCAUAUAAUGCUAGCUUGGUAUGUA